CAGAAUGAAGUUCAGAGUAUUGUUUUUCGUUUCUCUCUCCAUGUUUGCAUGUGGCACAUGUCAGAUAAAGGGUGUCAUUCACCAGUAUCCUUUUGUAGUUGCUGAACUUGGGAGCAGUGUGAUUUUACCAUGCUCUUAUUCAUUUGACAUGAUACACACUGUUUCAUGGUUUAAACAGACUGUUGGCAAAAAACCUCUUCUUAUUGCAUAUUCAAAUCAUCUCUCAGGAGGUUUUAUAUAUCAAAAUGGCUUUGACAAGGUCGAACGGUAUUCUUUUGAAGUUGGAACUAACUUUUUCAAUAUGAGCAUCAUUAACCUGAAGGAAAAUGAUUUUACAAACUACUAUUGUGCUGUGACCUUCAUGAGCACAAUUGAGUUUGGAGAAGGGACGAUUUUGCUACACAGUGGUAAAGAUUCUGCCAGUGGGGCCACAGUUCUCCAGCGGCCAGUAUCUGACAGACUUCAUCCAGGAGAUUCAGUGACUCUGCAGUGUUCGGUCAUCAGUCAGAUCUGUGCAGGAGAAUACAGCAUCUACUGGUUCAGACAUUCAUCAGAACAUUCUCAUCCAGGACUCAUUUACACUCGUGAUAACAGGAGUGAUCAGUGUAUGGAGAGAUCAGAGAAAGGCUCUUCUACCCAGAGCUGUGUCUACAGUCUCUCUCAGACUGAACUCAGAUCAUCUGAUGCUGGGAUUUAUUACUGCGCUGUUGCCACAUGUGGGAAGAUACACUUUGGAAAUGGAACUAAAUUAAUUAUUGAAGCAUCUUUGACUUUUUGGAAUCCAGUUGUUUUAACCUUGUUCGCAAUAAGCAUCAUUUCCAUUAUUGUGAACAUAUUUCUGGUGAGACUAAUUCACAAGAAUCACAGAAAAGAAGCUUCAAAACAACCCACAAAUCAAAGGAAUCAGACAGAAUCGGAUGCCUUAAAUUAUGUAUCCCUGAGUUUUUCCAAAAGGCUUACAACCUCAAAAAGAUCUUCAGGGAAAACUAGCCAAGAACAAAGUGUUUAUUCACAGAUCACAAAGCAAUAG